UCAUUAACCUGGAGGAUGGAAUCUGAGGACAGUCCGGUGGAGCUUACGGUGGAAUCCCUAUCGGCAACGGCUUCCGAUAUUGGGUCUAUGUCCGAUUCUCCGGUCCGUGCCCAGCCGAGACAAAAGAAAAAGAAGAGCGGGUUGUCCUUCAAGAAGAUAAGAAGUAAUGCGCAAAAGUUUAUUCCAGGACGAAAGAGAAGCGAUGAUGCGGCGGGAUACAGUGGGGAAGGUCUACCUCCUUCUCCUCCAUCCACACCGGCCAUGGACGAGAUGAAAUCGACCGAAAGUCUGCCGGCCAUCAACGAGGAACAAUCGGCACUGCAAAGUAUCGCUAAAUCCAGCGAUGAAAUUUCCGGUGAAAAGAAGAGCAAAAAGCUUCUCAAAACCAAUCGGGCAGCCAGUUUUGUGAAAAAACUUGCCGGCCGAAAAGGUAAGGUGGCUCCCAAUCCUACCGGUGUCCCCAUCGAGGACGACGUGUCGGGGUCGACAGCCGAAACUCCACUCAGUAUCAAGCGGCGAACCCCGGAAGGAGCCAACCUAAGCGUCUCCGAGACCAGUUUGAACGAGGGCGAUAAACCCAGCGACACCUUCAAGAUCGAACAGCUCGACAGUGAACCGAAAGUAAUUCGAACAAUUACGCCUAAAAAGACAGAAAUGAAAAUCACGUUGGUCAACAAACAGCCACUGGUUGUCGGAAGCGAAGGGAGUUCUAGGGCUUCUUCCGCUGCCACCGGUGUUCAGUUACCCGAGAUGUCGGUUGCAGUCGUUAAAUCGUCGUCCCAGUCGUCGGUGUUGCCUUCGUCAUCAUCGACAAGCGCCGGUGAUAGCAUGAAACCCGGUUCAGUCGCCAGUGUUGGUGAGUCGAAGACGGUCGCACUCAGUUCUACCGCUCCGAGUUCGAGUUCUAAGCCAAUUAGUCGUCCCGUUCCUGUCCGUUCGCCGCGUGUAUUAACGACGGCCAUUGAGGGCAACAUUGCCAUUUCUUCCAACAAGCAGAUUAUCGAACCUAAUAAAAUCAAAAUUAAAAGUGUCGAACCACCACCGGAAGCGACGGAAUCCGACAACGUCGUAGAAACGUUAGAAAUUCAUGACAACGUCGUUAAAGCUCAAUCUACGCUAGACACUAAAGCCGCGGAUAAAUUCAAAAACUUUUUUAUGAAGAAGGAAGCCCAGAAAAAAUCCACCGCCGCCACCACCACCGCCUCGGCCGCCGCAAACCCGGAAGUCCCAUCAUCAUCAUCAAAACCCGUCGAACCGAAAGUCACCGUUCGAACGCAGGAAGCGGCAAAGCCCUACCAGUUGGGGAACAACCUAAAAAACCCUAAUCUAUCCGGCUUCAAGGCAAGUGAAGCGGAAGAAAAGUCACCCACAACAACAACAACAAGAACCUCGCCAACAAACUCCCCACCAGGUGCCGCCGGCGGAGGCGGAGGUGGCAGCGGCAGCAAUCAGGAUGCAAUAGUGUUCAACAUCGGCAGCAAGGUUCGACCGGAUCGUACGUCCAGUGCCGCGAAGCAGCAGCACUCGGCAGCCCUUCUCGCUCCGGUGGUUUCGAUCGAUUCUGUCCCCGGUACUAGUGCGGGCUACCCGACCGGCUACGGUGCCAGUCAGCACAAGUCGCUCGAGGAGUACAACUCGCUGGAAGGACGCGGCUCACUGGACGACAGUCAGUUGAGCGAGAACUCACGCCGCCGAAUCGCGUACGUUGCGCAUCCGACGCUGUUCACGCCGGAAGAGGAGGAACUGGUCAGCGGGCGACCAUCGCUGCUGCAGUCCGGUGAAUACUCGCUGGAAUCGGCCGAUUAUCUCGACUGCAAAAUGCCACCGCACGGCGAUCUGCUGCUGGAGAAGAACGACAACAACGGGGCAAAUAUGUCCUCGGCACCGUCCGAAAAGCGGGAGCACCUGUACAAAAUCCUUGUCAUUGGUGAGCUGGGCACCGGAAAAACGUCCUUCAUCAAGCGGUACGUGCAUCAGUUCUUCAGCCAAAACUACCGCGCCACGAUCGGUGUCGAUUUCGCGCUAAAAGUACUCAACUGGGACCAGAACACCAUCAUCCGGCUGCAGCUGUGGGACAUUGCUGGUCAGGAACGAUUCGGCAACAUGACUCGCGUGUACUACAAGGAAGCCGUUGGCGCCUUCAUCGUGUUCGAUGUGACGCGGAGUGCCACCUUCGAUGCGGUCAUCAAGUGGAAGCAGGAUCUAGACUCGAAAGUUCAACUACCCGACGGAAAGCCGAUUCCGUGUAUAUUGUUGGCGAAUAAGAGUGAUCAACAGAAGCAAGGUAUUGUUACGACACCGGCCAAACUGGAUGAGUACGUGCAGGAGAACGGCUUUGCCGGUUGGUUCGAAACAUCCGCUAAGGAAAACGUCAAUAUUGAAGAAGCUGCCAAAUCUUUAGUCAAUAAGAUCCUGACGAAUGACAAGCAGAUCAACACGGGAGAUAUCGUGGAUUCGGAACGGUUCGCCCUGGCCGGCGGCCGAACAGAUUCCAGUCCAAAGAAAAAUUGUGCCUGCUGACCCGUAUGCCGCCCCAUAUGUCUCAGUACUCGAUAUUUUAUGUUAUUGAUUAUUUUUUAUGUCUAUAUAAUAUAUACAGCAAACUGCAUUAGAGGAAAAACCGCGAAUGUAAACAAGAAGCUGCAAAACAAGUAGGUAUAUAUACAUAUAGAUAUAUUUCGUUAAACGUUUUACGUGGUGUCGUCGCGCGAGUGUAAUCAAAAUACCAAAAAAAAAAAACAAGUUACAACCUUCGCAAUCACAAAAAGAGGGUGUUGUCAGAUGCCAGCAUGUAUUCUAAAGUUUAAAAAAAACCCGAUCAAUCUGUCCAAUGAUACUUAACCGUCUGAGCUACUGCUUUUUUACUGGUAAUUGUUGCUAAAGAAAAUGUCUGUACAAUAAAAAGAAUAGGUAUGUUGGAAUGUUGUU